CAAUCAGUUUGCUCCUAAAAGGUCUCAAUUUCGAGAUAUUUCGAGUUUUGUGAGGAAAUUUUCUCUAAUUCGCUGUGUUCUAUUCAAUUAUGAAAUCGAUUACACGUUACGCCAUCCAGGAGAAAGUUAUAGAACUUAAGUUCUAGGAAAAUACAAAAUUAAAAAAAUCUCCAAUAUAAAUAAACAAUUCAAUUAAGGUUAUCUCCUAACAUAGUUUCUAAUUAUGAAAAUCUAUCUAACAAAAAUUUCAUUCUGAGAUAUAUAACAUUAUCCGAUUAAUCGAUUCAAAAACAUAAAAUACUGAAACUAUACUAUAAUAUGAAAUCAAAAUGAUGAAAAUCAUACAACGUUUUCACUCUAAAAGUACUAUUUAUGCACUUUCAUCAGGCCAAGGCAAAUGUGGUGUUGCUGUGAUAAGAAUUACUGGUCCUAGAGCAGAAGAUGCAUUAAGAUAUAUUGGAGGUUUCAAACAUCUUCCCGAGCCUAGACAAGUUUUACUGAAAAGCUUGAGAAAUCCAACUAAUGGAGAUAUUAUAGAUAAGGGACUAGUUUUAUGGUUUCCUGGGCCAAAAAGUUUCACGGGGGAAGAUAGUUGUGAAUUUCAAGUUCAUGGUAGUGUUGCCGUGAUCAACGGAAUUCUCAAUAGUUUGAAUGCUAUUCCUUCUUUUCGAAUAGCCGAACCAGGUGAAUUCACUAAGAGGGCCUUCUAUAACGGAAAACUCAAUUUAACAGAAGUAGAAGGACUUGCUGAUUUAUUGAAUGCUACAACUGAAAUUCAAAGAAAACAAGCAUUUUUACAAUCGCAAGGUUUCCUUAGCAAGAUAUAUUGCCAGUGGAAGGAAGAAUUAUCCCAUCAUCUUGCCCAUUUAGAAGCUAUAAUAGAUUUUGAAGAAAGUGAACAUUUAUCUACUGAAGAGCACCACGUGUUUAAGAAUGUUAUUGAAUUGAGAAAUAAAAUUAAAAAACACAUAUUUGAAGGACGAAAAGGAGAAAUAUUGAGAGAAGGUGUGAAAACAGUGGUCCUAGGAAAACCGAAUGUAGGCAAAAGCAGUUUUUUUAAUAUUAUGUGUGGCAGACCUGCCGCUAUUGUAACACCUAUAUCUGGAACUACCCGCGAUGUAAUUCAAGUCGAAUUAGAUAUUUCUGGUUAUCCUGUUCUUUUGGCAGAUACAGCAGGUCUCCGAGAUCACUCUUUUGAUCCGGUAGAAACUGAAGGAAUGAAACGAGCAAUCGAUCAAGUAGAUAACGCUGAUCUUGUGAUUUUGAUGAUGGUUGCACAGGAGUAUUCGUUAUGGAUAGAAGUAAAUCCAUCGGCAUCUCUGGAAGACUAUAUGAAAACAUAUUUGGAAUUUUUAGGAUUGGAAAGGGUGUUUUCCAGCUACAAACAAAACAAAAAACAUAUUAUUCCUGUUAUGAACAAGAUCGAUUUGUGUCCCAAUGAAAAUAAAGACGGUGUUUUAUCUGUAUCUUGCAUAAAUGGUGAUGGAAUCGAUAACUUCAUAGAUUGUAUGACUCUAAAGUUGAAAGAAAUUUGUGGAGAGCCAACCAAAGAACACCUCUGUAUGAAUAAGGCAAGGCAUCAAAAACAUCUGGAAGACUGCUUAAACGAAUUGGAUAAUUUUCAGAUAAGAACUGAAGAAAAUAUUGACCUAGUAAUUUUAGCCGAACACCUUCGAAGAGCCUCCAAUCAUUUAGGAAGAUUAGUAGGCCUAACAAGCACUGAUCAAAUUCUAGACGUUAUAUUUCGAGAUUUUUGCAUUGGAAAAUAAUAUAUUAAAAUCAAUGAAAACCUU